CGGGGAGGAAGGUGGGAGAAGCCUGAAGGAGCGAGGGGGAGGGAGGAGGGAGGAGAGAGGAGGGUGCAGCGGCAGAUCUGGCAAAUUGCGAACUGCCUUCCCUCCCCAAAGUGUGGAGCAGAAGCGCGGGGGAGCUCCGCGGCGGUGGCGCCUCCUCCGCCACCAAACUCCCCGGGCUCGGCGAGGCUUGUGGCCACCUCCUCCUAAGCCAGGAGGAACCCUUUCCCGAUAGGUUUUGGCCUGACUCCCCCCGCCCCCCAUUUCUUUCUUCUUCCUCCCCCUCCCCAUUCCUUUUCUUUUUUAAAAACACACAUUUUUCCCCCCCUGGCUCCGGACCUCAGAUUGCUGCAGCCCUAGCCUUCCCUGGGCUCAGCUCUUUAGGGCUGCCCAUCCCUCCGGCUGCGAGAAAGGACGCGCGCCCUGCGUCGGGCGAAGAAAAGAAGAAAAACUUGUCGGAGGGGUUUCGCCAGCCCACAUUAACCCCCUUCCCGCAAACCCAAACCUCCCGCGGGGGCCGUCCCAACAUUGGGGAAAGUUCCUUCUGAGCCGACAGCCCUCUUGGAUUUGGAGAAGGCAGCCGCGCUGGCUGUGGAAUUAGAUCUGUUUUGAACCCAGUGGAGCGUAUCGCGGGGGCUCGAAAGUCACUAUCUCCAGGGACCCGGGUGGCGCUGCCUGUGCGGAACCGAGAGUUUGCGAGACCCGGCUGCAAGUGGCCUUUCCUCCCCGCAGUUGCUGUCCUGUGUCUGGGGUGAGGGCAGCGAGUGUUGCAAGUUGCGAAGAGAGACCCGGAGGUCCAGAGAGAACUGCACCCCCCCCUCGCUCUCCCUUCUUCCUCUUCCCAGCUCCUGAGUGUGAAAUCCCAUCGAAAUUUACAAAGGCUCCAGGUUCAGCCAAGACCGGUCCGCAGAGCUUUGCCCGUCGUCCCCACCGUCCCCAUUCCCACCCGGAGCCCCCGAGCACACGGCGCCGAGGAAGGACUGGCGGGAGGGGGAGGGAGGUCGCGGAGGCGGCAUGGCGAGGUUCCCGAGGGCCGACCUGGCCGCUGCAGGAGUUGUGUUACUUUGCCACUUUUUAAUGGACCAGUUUCAGUUCACUGAAGGGGAGCCUGGAAACCAAAUCAAUGACUGGCACUAUCAAGUUGCUCAGGUCUUCCCGCAAACAGAAGAGGAAGUGGAAGUGGACACACAUGCCUUCAGCCACCGGUGGAAAAGGAGCUUGGAUGCUCUCAAGGCAGUAGACUCCAACCGAGCAAGCAUGGGCCAAGACUCCCCAGAGCCCAGAGGCUUCACGGACCUGCUGCUGGAUGAUGGGCAGGACAAUACCACCCAGAUUGAGGAGGACACAGAUCACAAUUACUAUAUAUCUCGGAUAUAUGGUCCCUCUGAUUCUGCCAGCCGGAGUUUGUGGGUGAACAUAGACCAAAUGGAAAAGGACAAAGUGAAGAUUCAUGGAAUAUUGUCCAAUACUCAUCGGCAAGCUGCAAGAGUGAAUCUGUCUUUCGAUUUUCCAUUUUACGGCCAUUUUCUACGUGAAAUCACUGUGGCAACUGGGGGUUUCAUAUACACUGGAGAAGUUGUACAUCGAAUGCUAACGGCCACACAGUACAUAGCACCUUUAAUGGCAAAUUUCGAUCCCAGUGUAUCCAGAAAUUCAACAGUCAGAUAUUUUGAUAACGGCACAGCACUUGUUGUCCAGUGGGACCACGUACAUCUCCAGGAUAAUUACAACCUGGGAAGCUUCACAUUCCAGGCAACCCUCCUCAUGGAUGGACGCAUCAUCUUUGGAUACAAAGAAAUUCCUGUCUUGGUCACACAGAUAAGUUCGACCAAUCAUCCAGUGAAAGUGGGACUGUCUGAUGCCUUUGUCGUUGUCCACAGGAUCCAGCAAAUUCCCAAUGUCCGAAGAAGAACAAUUUAUGAAUACCACCGAGUAGAGCUACAAAUGUCAAAAAUUACCAAUAUUUCAGCUGUGGAGAUGACGCCAUUACCUACAUGCCUCCAGUUUAAUGGUUGUGGCCCCUGUGUGUCCUCUCAGAUUGGCUUCAACUGCAGUUGGUGUAGUAAACUUCAAAGAUGUUCCAGUGGAUUCGAUCGCCAUCGGCAGGACUGGGUGGACAGUGGAUGCCCUGAAGAGUCCAAGGAGAAGAUGUGUGAGAACACAGAGCCAAUGGAAAGUUCUUCUCAAACCACCACAACUGUGCAAGCAACAACCACAAAAUUCAGGGUCCUAACAACCACCAGAAGAGCAGUGACAUCCCAGCUGCCCACCAGCCUGCCCACUGAAGAUGAUACCAAGAUAGCACUGCAUCUAAAAGAUAAUGGAGCUUCUACAGAUGACAGCGCAGCCGAGAAGAAAGGGGGCACCCUUCAUGCUGGCCUCAUUGUUGGAAUUCUCAUCCUGGUCCUCAUUAUAGUAGCAGCCAUUCUCGUGACCGUCUAUAUGUAUCACCAUCCAACGUCAGCAGCCAGCAUUUUCUUUAUUGAGAGACGCCCAAGCAGAUGGCCUGCAAUGAAGUUUCGAAGAGGUUCGGGUCAUCCUGCCUAUGCUGAAGUUGAACCAGUUGGAGAGAAAGAAGGUUUCAUUGUCUCAGAGCAGUGCUAAAAUUUCUAGGACAGAACAGCACCAGUGCUGGCUUACAGGUGUUAAGACUAAAAAUUUGCCUAUAUCUUUAAGAUGCGCGCGCACACACACACACACACACACACACACACACACACACAGGAGCCCUAAGCUGCUAUAGCCUAAAGGAGAUGAGAUUUCUGGACAAGCCCAGCCCUGGAAAGGUAAAAGAAAAACUAAAACCUAUACAAGGUACCACUGACCAUUGAAUACAGAAUUCCCUAGUGGAAUGACAUUUUAUAGUUCACUCAGAACAUCUCCUGUGGACUUCUCAGAAGUACAAGAUGACAGUGCUAUUGGCUUAGGUGCAGGGUUGCAAAGGGAUCGAGAAAAAGACAAUAAUAAUAAAGCUUUAGUUCAUGAGGGAUCUAUACCUUUGGUUCAAAUAUUCUUCUCUGAUGUCUCAAAGAUAACUGUGUUCCAAAGCCUGAACCCUUCCUCUCAAAAGAGCAAUGAUGAAUGUUUCAAGAUUGCUAAGAGAAACAGCUUGUGCAGGAGCAAAAAACAAACCUAAAAUAAGAGGUUUUCUAUCUUUCCACCAGACAUGUGGCAAAAGGAUUUUGUUUUUCUGGUCUAGAUCCACUUGUUCGGACAAGUUCAUUAUUUUACAGAAAGAAUCUUUUAUCUGUGCCUACCUCUCCCUUGUUAAUGAGUGUCCUUUCUACGUGCUGCCCUUUCUGUGGCUGCCAAACUCUUGGCUAAGGGUUAGAAGAGAGGGAGUGGCACAGGAGAUUUUCGGUUCUCCUGCCUCGGAAUAAAACACUUCAUUUGUUUUUUAAGAUACAUUGCCUACGUUUUCCCAACUAUCAAAUCCUAUGAAGCCACAGUUGCUCUUGGCUGAAGGAAACAAUACAAAGAGUCCCUUAAUCAUUUUGGAAGCAAAAACAUUAAGGGAUUCUAAACAUAUUAGGGGGAAGGGGGUUGGGUUUGUUUGGUUUUUUUUUCUUUCUUACUUUGUGCUGUUUCAGUACUUCAGACCCAUGCCAUUGUUGAUUCCUGUCUACGAAGCCAUUCAAGUCGGCAUAUCUCUGGUGAUAAAAAAGAAUGAAAGAACCCUGCUGAAUCAUACAGUAAUUUUCUUUAAAGCACAUAGUAGUUACAUAAAUAUAUAUAUAAAUAUAUUUUUGUUUAUAACUAACACAAGGCAGGCUCUUGUGACUCAAAGAGUGCAUUUGUCAUCAAGACAAAAACAAAUGCGAGAUGCGUUACUGCAUACUUCCAUAGAGUUGUAAAAUAAUCCUUAAUAUUAGAAUAUUUUUAUGUCACUUAGCAAAAGUGGUUCCAUUAGUCGCAGUGCCAAUCAUUCUCCUGCCUAGUUGAGCCACUUUUUCAUUCCUAUCAAACCCUUCCCUCCCUGGCUAAAUAAUGCAGGUGCAAAAUGCUCUUUAGAUGGAUCUGACAUUUUGCCCCAUGAUCAUAAUCCAGAUUUCAAAACUUCUCCACGAAUGAGGAAAGGAAAGGCAUCACUUGAGGAGGAAAGUGGUUAAUACGUACACUGAGCUCCCAGCGUUUAAAUUCAGGUCCUGUGUGUACAAGUUCCUCAACAUCUCGACCCAUGAAACUGACAUCCUGUGCCAAGACGCUGUAGAUUCUUCUAGGGGACAGUGUCCAACAUUUGCAGAUUCAGGUAUCAAGCAGCAGAGAUGUCUUAUAAGCAGCUCUUUACUAACAGCUCAGCAUCUGUAUACAGUGUCCACACUGCACACCAUCGGUCUACUAACAGUAUCCUAUUUUAUCUUCACAGUUGUCUGACAUAAACUAGUGCCGUCUUCCAUCACGUAUAUUUUGCUUUACAUUUUUAAAUACCUGAUGAGGUUAGUAAUUUUUUCCUAACCUACUUAGUUAAUAAUAUCAAAAAAGGACAAAAAAAAAAAAACUGACAAGGCGAUUGAAGGAUGUGAUGACAAUCUGUGGUAUCUGCAUUCAGUUUGUAUGAAGUAUCCCAACUUAUUUCUUGUGGAGUAGGUUUGGUCAGAUUAGCAAUAACCAAAUGACUUGCCAAUGUACCUGGUGCAACUGGUAUUCUACAAAGACAUAAAGAACACAUAGACGAUUCCUUUUAGGAUAAGAUGAUGCUUCUUCCACUAGCUCUUGUGAUAGGUGUGGCUUCCAAUAGCAGUUGAUUGACAGCUAUAUAAAUCUUGUGUAUAUAUCCAACUCCUUACACAAUUCUUUGAAGUUGUAAUGUUGUCUGUCUUUCUUCCUUCAGAGCUCAUCUUCCACUUUCUAUUAAAAGAAUUGGCAAUUCUGGAAAUGAAUAAACAAGAAAGACAUAAAACUGAAUUGUUCAGUGAACUAACAGCACCUAGCAAUGGGGAAAACUUUUUGGAAGUGUGAGAACCCUUCCUAAUGAGAGUAGGAGUUGAAGGUGGUAAAAAGUUUCUGCUGUCUAUGAAUCUUUUAGUGGUAAGGGGAAAGGCUGGCUAAUCCAUGAAAUUUUUUUUUCCAUGAAAUUUUUAUUCUAUUUUAUAUUUCUCAUUUGUUCCUGGUGCCCAUUUACUGCAAAGGGGGAGCAAAUGUACACCUUGUUUCUAGAAAUUCGGAAUGGACAUUGAUGCUUUGGACUUUACAUACAUUACAUAUUAGAAAGGGUACAUCUGUACAUUACUUAAAUACUAUGAACAUAGUACAGAAUAACAGUUUUAAAAAUUAAGAAUGGCAAAGGAACACAUACAGACUUCUGAAGAAAUCUGAUACACGGUGCUACAGAGGAAAUAACAUUUGGUAUGAAGGUCAAGAAAAAUGUCUUAAGCCAUCCAGAUGGCACUGACCACAAUGUUGGUUUGGUUUUGAAGUGUUUAGACUUUAAGAUACACUAACAAACAGAAAACUAAAGAUAAAUAAUAAAGUACAGUUUACCUCCAUUAUUAUUUUAGUUUGUGAUACCUAGAGCAUUUACUGAUCUCUCUCACAUGGAGCUUCUAGAGUUGUGCCAUCCAGUAUCCUUUCCACAAACCAAAUUUGGCUAUUUAAAUUUAAAUUAAUUAAAAUUAAAUUUUAAAAAAAGCCACUGAGUUCUUCAAUCACUAGUCACAUUUUGAAUGCUCAAUAACCACAUGUGGCUUGUUGGCUUCCAUAUUGAACAACACAGCACAUUCCCAUCAUUGCAGAAAAUUCUGUUAUACAGUGCUGUAGAGUAGAGGUCUUUUAAUUCCCUCUCCUUGAACAAAAGGGAGAAGGGAGAAAAAGAGAAGAUUUGGUAGUUCUUGGGCAUAUCCAAGAGUUUUUUAUCUCAAAGAGGCAACAUGCUCUAAUGAAAAGAAUACCAGCUGACACAGCUUUGACUCUCCACUCCACUAUGUUAUCUUAGGAAAAUCACUUUAACUUCCAUGACUCUCAAUUUACAAUUUUGGAAAAUAAAAAUAUUUUUGCUCUGUCUUCUUUGCAAGGUUAUUAUUAUGCAGAUUAACUAAAUGUACAGAUGUAUAGGCUUUUAAAACCUUACAUCACUGUAACCCAUAUAAAGCCCAGCCUUGGUCCACUCUCAGCACAAAUUUGCAUUCAGAGGAAGAAAAGUCCAUCAAUCCUAAAAGCAUUCAAAGACAAAUCAAUAAAAAAUUUUCUUGAGAAAAUGCCAAAGGAGAAAUUGCUCGAUUUUCCCCCCAUCUUAAUAUUUUCUCUUAGUAUUUCCCCUCUGUCAUGUCUCUCCCAACUUUGACUCUACCACCAUGACAGAGUCCCUAUGUGUAUGCUGCUUCUAGUUCAAUUCCUUAUUGUGCAGAGUCACUUAGACUCUCUAGUUUCUUUUAAUUUCCCAGUUAACUCUUCACAGCAAAGGCAAGCCCAGGGGCUGACCAGGAGGCUUCUCUUUAGAAGGAAAUACCUCUAACAUAAAUAAUUUCAAAUAUUUAUCUCUGCAACACAAAUCUAAAGGCCCGCUGUAUUAAAAUAUAAAAAUACAAAAAUACAUGGAGCUCAAUUUCUAAACUAUAAAAGUUUACAAAUGCAAAUGAGGGGAUUACUAUUCUUUUAGAUUAUACUAAUAUGCAGAUAAUAUAUAAUGUAAUUAGUAUAAUUUAUUAGUUUCUGCAGCCAAAAGUUCUUACAUUAUUACCUUUCCUGCAGGAGUAUAAACUUAGUUAUGUCCUCUAGAGUCUGUUGCCCAUUUGAGAAAACGUUUUGCCAGAAUCCAUACCUUGAUUCAAGAAACUUUCCUUCCAUGAUAAGAAAUUAAUAUUUAAAUAAGACUGAGAAUAGAUCCUAUUAUUAUGGUUAUUCCUCCUGUGAAAUGUUAUUUUGCUUGGUAUUUCUUCAGGCAUUUUUCAGAUAUUUUAUUACAAUAAGCUUUACUAAUUCCCAAAGAUUACUCUAGCUCUUACUUUCCCUAUCCACCCCAUAUUUUGGUAUCAGCAUCCAUAUGCCAGAAUCAUGGCGAGUCAUCUAACCCAAGCUCUUCAUGUUACAGAUCAGAAAACUGACUCCCAGAAAGAUAUGGUUAUUUUUCCAGUGUCAGAAUUGGGUCUUGAUCUUAAAACUCCCUUCUGGUAAUUUCUGUUACCAUUUUUCUUGCCUAUACCCCUUCAUCAUCAGUUAAGACCAACCAAGCAGCUUAGAAGACACAGUCCAUCUGAAGGCUAACUUUAUCUGUAGUAUUGACUCUUCUUAAUAUAGAAUAAUAUAGAACUUUGGACCAAUCUUCCUCUGUCAUGUUCAUAAGAAUAGUACCAUCUUUAUGACAACCAGUGAUUUCAAGUUCUAGCCAUGACAGUGUCUUUAUUUGGUUUUGCAUGCCCUUCUCCCACCUACCUGUGGUCAUCUGUGAGCAACACUAUUUUUUGUCAUUUAAAAUCAUUAUACGUUUGUUUCAUUUCUUCCCAAAUACAUCUGAAAACUAAGAAUCUUCAUAGCAUAUUUUCUUACAACAUAUAUAAUCACAAUUUUUGUUUUUUAAACCAUUUGAACAUUUUUGCCCUAGGAAGGUUUUUUUGAGCAAAUAUUAUGAGGUCUGUGGCAUUACCUAUUCAUAUUACCUUGUGUUUAUAAAGCACUUUACCUUUUGUGGAGCACUUUGAUUCAUCCCUUUAUUUGUUCACUCAUUCAGCCACUCGGUUUACUUAAAUAUUUAUUGAGCACCUACUGGAACCAAGUUCCCAUGCUGGACCUGUGGUAUAUAGCAAUAAACAAACUGAGAGAUCAGGCACAUUGAAUGAUAAUUGUAAUAUGAUAGAAUCCUCAAGCACAACUUCGCAAGUAGGUCAGAUCAAUAUUACUCUAUCCAAUUUCCAAUUCCAAUUGUCUUAAUCCUUAGAUAGGGAACUAUCAGGUAUUUGCCUGAAGAAUGUUUCAGAAAUACAACAUAUCACUGGGCACCAGUGCUGUUUGCUCUGUUUUAAAUGGUUUGUAAGUUUCAUUCAUGAGAACAAAAAGUGACUCAUCCAAAGUUGUCCCUGACCCAGGAGGACUUCCCAGGUCACUUGAACUUUUUCUGACUAGAUGUGACCAUUCACUUUCUUGUGCCAGUAUUUUCUGAAUGUUCAACAUCAUAGAUUUCAGGUAUUCCAAAAACACCAAUGUAUCAAAAAAGCAUUUGCACUUUAAAUGUGUGUGAUCAUCAUGUCGCUAAUUAGACUGCCUCAGCCAUUCUCAACCUCAGCGCUGUUGACAUUUUGGGUCCCCUAAUUCUUUGUGGGGUGGGAGGGUAGGGUGGAAAUGCCCCCAUGUAUUAUAGGGCAUAUAUGAGAGCUUCCAGGCAGCUUCUGUUGGUUUUAUGCCAGUAAUGCUCGCUCUCUCUCUCUCUCUCUCUCUCUCUCUCACACACACACACACACACACACACACACACAGUGACAACUAAACAGGUCUCCAAAUACUUCCAAAUGUCCCCAGAUUGGGAUUGGGAAAACUACUGGAUUAUCUAAUAAGCAAAAUAUAUUAGGAGAAAAAAAAAAGAAAUGUUUCACUUUCACUUGUCGCUUAAACUUUAUGGUAGUUCAUUUUUGUUUUUUAUUUAUAAUAAGACUUGGAAUCAUAAACUCUUUGAAUUAGAAAGGAUGUAAAAUCACUACUUCAGUUAUAAGCCAACAUCCUCCUUAUCUAUUUCCCCAUCUCUCAGGUUUACAAAUUUAUUGAGAGAAAAUCAGAAGAUUGGUUAUCUCUGGAAACUUAGAAAUUGUUUUUUUCACAGCGAGAGAUAAGGCUGUUGGGUAAUUAUGUUUUGCUGCUAUAAUAGUAGGUGCUGUGACGUUAGUUUCGGUGUGGGGACUCAGGAUCAUACAACUUCAGUAUCACAGGCUCUAUUUUGAGGAGUUUCCUAUCAGUCAUAUCACACAGCUACAAAUCUUGGUCCUUCAUCUUUGCCUUCAAAAUGCACAUGGAAGUUGAAGUUUGGUACAUCGAAUUUUAAGUAUAUCUGGAUGAGCUUUCUAUGUCUGAUAUUCUGAUAUUUCUAUUUCUAUACCUGUUUUUUUUUUAUGGUCCUUCUAGCAUAAAAAAUUACCGUCUCGAGCAAUUGAAAAUUGGAAAUUUCUGAGUGGGGAUAUUUAAAUCUGUCAAGCCAAAGCUCCUAACGAUUUGAUGUGCCUUAUGUCAGUUCUCCUGUUAGAUCAGUGCUUUUCUGGGGGUAACUGUGAAUCAAGUGAGUCGCACUUAUCUUUAUACUGCACCAGUUGGAAAGCUUGGUGGAGUUUUACAAAGAGAGCCACUCAAGAAUAUAUUCCCAGAAAUAACAGCAAACCCUCAACUGGAAUAUCGGGCCUCCCCUUAAUCCCUUUGCUAACCAGACUUUGUGAGCAUCAUAACCAUUUAUUACAAGUUGCUACUACGCCGACACAAUUGAAAGCCUUGAUUACAAAGCCUAUAGAAUAUUGAGGAGCUCACACAGAAAGCACUGUUGAAAGACAAUCCUAGAAACCAGAAAGUUUCAGCCGAGGAGACCCUCAGUGUGUCUUCUCUACCACGGUCCUAUCAGACAGUUUGAUGUUACGUAACAUUUUGAUUAAGCUGAUCUUCUAAUUUCGUCUGAAAUUGGAAUGCAUCUGCCUGCUUGUAACCGGACAUAACUUUUAAGCCAUCCAGCUGCCACCGCUUUCCCAGUGAUGAUUCCAAAGAAGUAAAAUGGUAAUUUUUGUAAGAUAGUAAUUAUUCAAGUAAAAUCGCAUAAUUUCUUGAAUCACUUCUCCCUGACACGUUUAUGAAGUACAUCAUCUUUGGCUUCUCACUAGUGCAUUUAUUAUGAAUGACUGAAUUAUGUCUAAAGAAAUAAAUGCUCAAAACUCAUUAUUAUAAGUGAAUUUCCAGAUCACUGUUGACACUAAAAGAUUCUGUGAUUUUAAAUCCAGAAUAAAAGACUGGGGGGUGGGGAAUAAUAUAAAUCAUAUGCUGGUCCUCAUCUUUUUCUAAUUUCUAAAAUUUACUAACAUUUGAAGAUUACGAAGAAAAAAAUCUCCUAAUGGAAUAGAGCAAAAAUUUUUACAUUGGAAGAUAGUGAUAUGUUUGUUUUGAUUCUGGUUGAAAAUCUCAGUGAUUUCUCUCAUUCCCACUGAUAUGUGGGAAGUCUCUCUCUUCCCUAGCACUACAAAAACGAUAUAUUCAUGACCAAAAUAUCACUUACUGAUGAUGCAGCUAUAAACUUUUGUGCCUGUUGCAUAGAUAUGUAGCAUGAAACCUGUUUUAGAAGUUUGCUAUGUGGGGAGAGGUAUAAACGUAGGAGUGGGUGGGUAGAUAGGAUCCACAGAAAAAUUAAAGAUUGAAAUAUGCUAUCGAGCGAAAGUUUCACCUUCUUCAGAGCAAUGUACAGAUCAAUAGUAGACAAAGAUCAGCUCACAAUUAGGUCAUUCAGACAUUCAGACACUGGAGCACACAUCCUGCCCAUUAGCCUAGGACACAGGUGAUAUACAGAAAGUCAAGGAUGUCCCCAAUUAAUCUGAAACUCAACCAUCAUCCACCUGCACUUCUCCUAUGGCACAAUCCUAAAAUCAGGAAGGCCCCUGCUCUUGGAAACUGGGUUACUUAUGGUUAAGUAAGGACCAAAAAGAGGCUUUUCCAUUUAUUUCCCUCUGACUUACAAGGCAUGUGCUUUGGUUCCCUUGUACCAGAGACCAUGAGACAGCCAACAACACAGAGGCAAUAAAAUACACUAAAAAGAAAAUAAAUUUUCCUGAGGAAAGGAGAAGGAAGGAUACUUUCAACUGUGGACCCAGAGCUGAAUCUCUGUGAUGUUUGACCAUCUCGGGACCAGAUUCUUGUACUAUCAUCUGUGUCUACACAGUCAAGUCCAAGCAACCAUUUUUAAGAUGGUUUGAACAAAAACACGCUCAGACUGUCAUAUUUAUAGCAGAGAAAUAAAAACCCAAAUUCAGUGUCCCCCCACUAGACUACUCUGAAAAUACCCUCAAAGUGAAGUCAGAGUUUUCCUUGCUGAGACCUGUUAAAAUCAUUUUAGGGCAAUGAAUUAAGAUUCUUUAGACACAGACAUUUUGUGUGCAUUGUAGCUCACUCUAAGAGCCCUAGCUGAGAAGGGGAAAGUCUUUUCAUAGGCUGGUCAAAACAAAUCUCUCAUUUGCUUCAUUUGAGACAUUUGGACAGUGCCUGGGAAGUACAUUAUUUUCAGGGGAAAAAAAGAGACAGCCUUUUUUGCAUGCCAGCUGGGAUCAUGGGAACUUCCAAUGCCAGGAAUUUACUACUGUUUCUGGUAAUUCUGCUUGUAGUCAUCUGCAGCGUUGAAGUGUGAAAAGAGAAUAAGCUGGGCACCCGGGGGGCUGUCUGUGUUUUAUGCCAGUUGCACCAGCACAGGGAAUAUUUUUAAAUGCAUUUCGAAGUGGGUAGAAUUGUACCCUUUGUCAGAAUCACAAAGCUCACUUUGGUGCUCCUGAAAGAAAACACGGGGGGGAAAUCUGACCCUCUAAACCCAGUCAACCCCUACAAAAGGAAAGACUGUGUGGGAGAGCACAGCACAUGGCAAGUUUGUUUCUCACUGUUUUUCCAAAGCCCCAUACUCACAUCAAGGACGUGUCUUUCAGGUGAAGGUGAAUUUUGCAGAGGUUUUCCAGAAUUUUGCUUUAAUCCAGGGUUUGGAAAACUGAGCACUUUAAAUUUACUCCAGUCUCUGGGCGUCAUUCCUAUUUCCUCUGCCAUGUCAGUGAGACAUUCUGAGCCCACAUUCUUCCAUGAUUGAAUAACGUACACAUACUUCCUGAUGACCUCACAUUGACGUACCUGAACCUGCAAAUGUAGAAUGAUUGUACAUGAAUUUGCACUAAUGGUGUCUGGUAGCAGACGAGGUGUGACCUUUACUGAAACCGAUGGUUUAAAUUCAAGAAUUCAGAUGCUAUGUACUUCUGCAAGCUUCCUGAUUAUUUUCAUUGUAAGAUUAAUUACCUAAGUUUGAAUGUAUUUCCUUAGAGUUCAUUAAUUUGCCAUCUCUUUUACCUGGGGAUUGUUAUGAUUGCAAUAAGUCAUUAAUGUUUUCCUCACACAGCUACUUAAACCAAGUUUUUCUGCAACUCUGGUUCUGCUUACAGUAUGUGGGAAAUCUUCAUUUUUUUUUUUCCUAGUAAAAAUUUUGUAAGAAAGUCAGUGUAUUGACAGCCAUGGUGACACAGUUCAUCUUAAAAAGGUCUGGAAGCUGGUGGUGACCAAAUGUUAUCUGUGUUGUCUCUGUUGAUUGCUAUUUUCAGAAUUAAACUCUGUUUUUCACUUACAGUUGGGGUCAACAAAUUGGGGAUUUUAGAAGGGGAGAAGGGAACAAUUUGUGUAAUACUGCUGUCAUAUUUGACUACAUAUUAAAAACAAUAAAUGAUCAUUUUGUUUUAAUUUCUUAAA